AUGGCUCAAGCUUCACUUGCUACGGUCUUCAGUCUAUCAGGUGUUUCAGCCACAACGUCGGCGAAAUGCCUGCAGUGGACUGCCGACGGCCAAUUGCUCGUGUUGACCAAGUCUGCUGUUCAUAUCAUGACGCCGCAUAUAGGCAUGAGCGGUGAGGUGUCAUCGACCAUCGACCGCACGGAAGAGAAGAAUUCUUCCAGCGACGUCAAACGCAUCGGAUGGCUGAGGACCAUGAUUGGUAUUGAUAAGGCGCUCGACCAUCAAUGGCCUACUGGCUCUCAAGAAUGGGGCGCCGUGGCUCUCGGCUCCCUUGAUCAAGGUGUCCGUGCGGUCACUUCAUCACCAAGCAAUCUGAGCGGCGAUGCUAGCUGUCUCCUGGUUGUGCUCAACUCAAACAUGGAGCUAGCCUUAUGGGGACCUGUUAAGAAUUUCCUCAGCGGAGAGUGGACCAAGCUCGUAGAUGUAACGGAAGCGUUACAGGCACACUUCUCUACUCACGAAGAUUCGACUUUGGCCAGUAUUUUGCGCGCACAAUCAACCUGUAUUGAAUGGUCAUCACAGGCGGACUUCGGUCUCGCGCCGACACCGCUCCUUGACGGAUCUCUACUUGCCGUUGGAAAUCGAGCGGGAUCUGUGAGUUUUCUCAGGUUCCGCGGUAGAAUAGACGGAUCUUGGGAAGUGUGCUGCGCUGCGACGGUACCGCUCGCUGACAGAUGGGUCACCCAUGUCGCAUGGUCUUCUUGGAAACGGCUACAAGGCGGAGGAUGCGAAGCCUCCCUUGCAUGCGGGAUAGCUGAUGGUUCCGUUGUCGUUCUCAGAGUCAUUCAGACUGUGCAUCCGGAAGCAUCGCCGUCGGGGCUCGUUCCCCAUAACGACAUCCAAGCAUCCUUCGAAGUUCGAGACAUCAAGCCCUCAGGGAGUGACGGAAGAGGACUGACCUGUAUGAGAUGGGCGGAGCCAUCGGCCGACCUUGAUAUGUUGAUCUAUUCCAAACCAGGAAAACUAUAUCUCUGGGCCAUGCCAGCGAAUGGACAUCUAUCGAUUUUACGCACUGUCGCUCUUCCCACACAGCAGCUGUCCAUCGGUUCCUCUGCACUCACUCCUGUGGUUGGCCUCACGCACGUAGACAGUGAAGAUGCGCUCGUGGUUUGCCUGGCGGAUGGCUCGUUUCAUGUCGUGCACCACCUCUCCAAAGAGCAGUCAUCUGUCCAACCACCAAACGACGUCGGGCUGUCUAGCAUUCAACUAUCUACAGCUGGUCGUUCUGCGUUUGCAGCUGCUGAAACGGAGAAGACAACCAAGAAGGACGUCAAUCGCAUCUACGGAAUGGUCUCAUACGACAGCCAUGCAUGGUUCACCUGGCUUCAUGACUACAGGCACGACGCUCGCCAUGCCUGCAUGCUCGUCAUCGCGAGACUGCCCAGCAGAGAAAGUCCGUUGAGUCUCCUUCGGCCUACAUUACUGUACUUGCAAGACGAGAACAUCCUUGGCCUGUGUGGCAGGCUACUGGACUCGUCCCCCAACCUUCGCUCUGAGUGUGCCGGGCUCGUACGCAGCUUAGGCGCACACAUUUUGCGCACUGCCGACCUCAAACACGAUCGACAAGCUUUCGCAGAGCUCUCUGCUCACUGCGACAAGCAGAUCCAGUCUCGUGUUCAGCUGGCAAUCUUCCGGAGCAUAUUGUCGUCAUUCGUCCUUAUGUGCCUUCUGUUCUGCCUAUCUGAUUGUUUGAAAGAUGCCGACUACGAACCAUGCCCAGCUUGUCAUGCUCAGAUCCCUUUCCAGGAUGCCGCCACCGCGGAAUGCCCUCAAGGCCAUGUGUGGACUCGCUGCUCCGUGACUUCCUACAUCAUUGCUACGCCAGUCAUCCGAGCCUGCAGCAGUUGCAAUCGCAAAGCGUUCUUCCCGCUGCAACGAGCCGGUGAAGCCGGGAUUCCGGAUGACAUACGCAAGAGUUGGCUGGCCGCAGACGUGCUGAAUGCUGCACAACGAUGCCUUCGCUGCGGAUGCAACUUUGUGAUGCUCCUCUGAUGCGAUCUGCCUCGUGUCAGACGAUCCCCCACAGUGAUCCAUACCGUGAUCGAGCACAAUUCCUACCACAAACUCCUCGUGCUCAAACAACACACCCACAGGGCACAUGGCUGCUACGCUCCAGUGCCGUCGCACCGAUACCGAUGGAGAACAAAGGCGGCUGCCUUAUCGCCUUUCCAGUCGGGAUAUCACCAUUUGCCCCGACGGUUGCAGCAAAUCUGGCAAGUCUUACCAGAGUAUACCUCGUUGCAGAUGACAGGGGCAGCUGAAAUGGGGUGAACAGAUUCUAUGACAGUACGACAGGAUACGAAGACGGCUCACAAAAGGAGAAUUGAAUGCCUU